AUGUUGACCAUGUGGCGAGCCAUCAGAUGUGCCUUGAGCUCGGCCAUGGAUCCUGGUCGGCUCAUCGUCAUAUCGUGUGCGCUCUCUGAUCUGAUCACAGAUCCAAUCGACAUGAAAAGCCCAAACGUGGCCGCAGAACCGGCAAUGCUCUUGAGGCUGUUGAGCAGGUCGGAGCUCUGGUCAAACGUCGGGUUGAAUCCAGGUGUGAGGUUCGACGAGCUAAUGUGGUGUUGGCGCUGGGACUCGGUCAAAAUCGGUUUAGGGGGCAGAGCUGGAUGGUCCAGUAUCGGAGGCGAGGAGUUUUUGCGCGAUCUUGGAGGUGGAGGCGCUGGUGGGCGCAAAACAGAGGACGCACGGCUCCGGGACGGUGGAGGAGGCGGUGGCACAGGACGGAAGUGGUCUGGCCCAGGACUUCCGGGACUGCUUGGCCCCCCUGUCAUGGCAGCCUCCAAAAAUUGUGUCGCGCUAUCGGCAGAAACCGCUUCAGAUCGAGCAAGUGGUGACGACACGCGAGGGUGGGUUCCAAAAGGAAGCGGCGAUGAAGACCCUCUGUCUCUUGUUGGCGGCAUGUUGUAUUGGUUUCUCAUGGACUUCGACACACUUCCAGUGAGAUUUGGAGCCAAAGGAACCACCGGUGGCAGUUCGCUUUCCGGAGACCCACCAUUGACCUGCAAAGUAGGAACGCUGGAUGGUGUUCCAUGUAUAGAAACGCUGUCGAUGGUGACGUUCCGGAAAUGGUUGAUAGAGUCCUGCAUGUCUCUGCGGUUCAUUUCGAGUGGCGGAGGCUCGAUGAUGACUUGGUCAGAAAACUUGACUUUCUUGCCUGACCUGUUCUUCUUUUUUGGAGACUCUGACGGUCUUUCUCCCGUGAGAAUGAAUUGCGUGAAAGAAUCCAGAUCUAGUUUAUUUGGCGACUGGUUGAUCAAAGCUGCCGAUGAUUCGUCUAUCGAGCUUGUCUCGGAAUUGUCUGUGCUUUCUAUUUCAUCUUUUAAUCUUUUGCGAGCCAUGAUGGACACUGGUGUAGGGAUUGUGGCAGGGACUUUGAUCAACGAUCUCUUGAGCACUUUUCCCUCCAAUGCGUGA